AUGAACAACAACAGCAUAAGCAACGGAAAGAUUCGGGUUAGUGCUGCUAAUGCUUUGGUUGGUUGUGGUGUGCAUGGCAAUAAUAAUAAUAGUAAUUCAUAUGGAAAGAUGACUUGUUCAAAGAUGAUGCAAAAGGGACAAUUAUUUGAAAAUUCUAAAAGUACUAAUAAUAAUAUUAAUGGAGGAAAGAGUCUUGUAGGAAUGAGGAGUAGUAAAAAGUUACUUCUCGUGAAUAAUAAUUGCAUUUCGAAUGAAAUGAUGAAUAACAAAUUUUCAAUUAGUUUUAAUCCAAACAAGGCAACUAAAAAAGUGAAAGAAAGAAAUGAGGAAAUUACUGAUUUACUCGAUUUUAAAGAACCAUCACAUUAUUCUCUGGAAACUGUUGAGAGAGGACUCAUUAAUUUGGAGUUUUUAGAUCAAGUGAUUGCAAACAUGUCACGAAAUUCUGAGAGAAUUGAAUCUGCAAAGACACUAGGUAUUGAGGAUGAAGAAGAUUGGGAAUCUACAAUUUCAUCUUUCAGAUAUAACUUUUUACAUACUUUCGAGACGAAUAAUGAUAUGAGAACCAAGAUUAAAAAGGCCUUCAAGAUGGCUCAAAGAGAUGGGAAAGCAGAAGAUUUAAUGUGGAGCUUGUAUCUCAAAGAUUUAGAAGAUCAGAUUGAGGAGGAGCGAAUUCUUAAAAUUGCUGAUUUGACUGAACCUCAUCAAUUGUACCCUUUGACUCGUCUCAAGAAGAGAAAAAUCAUAUUCCACAUUGGUCCAACAAACAGUGGUAAGACAUAUAGUGCAUUCCAAGCAUUGAGAAAUGCCAAGACUGGUAUUUAUUGUGCACCAUUGAGAUUGCUCGCUACAGAGGCCUAUGUCAAAUUGACUUCAGGAGAUAAUCCUCUGUCAACCUGCCAACUCAUAACAGGUGACUUUAAGAUUGAAGUUGAAAAUGCUACUCACACUUGCUCAACCACAGAAAUGGCAGACAUUAGUUCGGAGAUUGAUGUUGCUGUCAUUGAUGAAAUUCAGCUCAUUACUGAUCCAGAUAGAGGUUGGUCAUGGACGAAGGCUCUCUUGGGUGUUAGAGCCAAUGAAGUUCACCUCUGUGGUGAAGGUAGAGUUUUGAAAUUAAUUGAAAAAUUGUGUCAAGAUACUGGUGAUGAAUUGGAAGUUAAGGAAUAUAACAGAUUGACCAAGUUGAACAUUACCAAACAAGCAACACUUAAAUCAUUCAAUGAUUUGGAAAAGGGUGAUUGUAUUGUUUGUUUCUCGAGAAAGGAAGUUUUUAGAAUGAAGAAUGAAAUUGAAAAAUCAACCAAUUUGAGAGUUUGUGUUGUCUAUGGAGGAUUACCACCUCAAACCAGAAUUAUUCAAGCUGCCUUGUUUAAUCAUGAAAGAUCUCCAUAUGAUGUUCUCGUUGCUACCGAUGCUAUUGGAAUGGGUUUGAAUUUGAAUAUUAGACGUGUUAUCUUUAGUGCCACUGAAAAGUUUGAUGGUAAGGAAGUGAGAACCCUCACACCACACGAAAUCAAACAAAUUGGAGGUAGAGCUGGUAGAUUUAACAGUGCAUUCGAGGAGGGUGAAGUUACUUCUUUCCGUAAUGGAGAUUGUAAGGUUAUUCAUCAAGCAUUUUCAUACGAUCCAACUUUGGAGGAAGAGGCUUUGAGAGCUGGCCUAUUCCCAACUGAUGAACAAAUUGAUCACUUCUCCCGACAAUUUGAUAAUGAAAAUCACCGAGUUAGAUUGAGUACCAUUCUUGCCAAGUUCUAUGAAAUUACUCAGGUCAAUAAGGGUAAAUACUUUAUGUGUGAAAUUGAGGAAAAGAAAGAUAUUGCCAAUAUCAUUCACCCAAUUGAAAAUUUGACAACUGCAGAGAGAAUGAUAUUUGUCAAGUCACCAAUAGAUCCAGAUGAAUCUCUGUGUAAGGAUAUGGCAUUCAAGUGGGCCAAGUUGUACUCUGAAGGAAAGGAUGUGCCACUCCUGUUACCAAAUCCAAAUACAAUGAAGCCAAUCAAUACUUUAAUCAAAUUGAAGGAACUUGAAGUAAUGUACAAGUGUUUGAAUGUCUACUCUUGGCUGUCGUACAGAUUGGAACCAUUCAAGGAAAGAGAACGUUCUUUCGAGUAUCAAGAAAUUUGUAGAAAUCUCAUUGAGGAAGCACUAAAGCAAACAGUCUCCCUUGAAAGAAAAGAAAAGGCUCAACAUAAGGAAAGUAGAGGAGGUCAUGGUAAUGGUUCACGAGGACACAAGCACAAGACCUCUGUCAAACACAUUUCAAAGAAGCAACAGCAACAAAUGAGAGAUGUCUUGUCUCAGUAUAAUUUGUAUAGAUAA